AAUGGCAAGGCCGAUGGCUCAACCCUCUCGAUGUUUGUAAUUGUGAUUUUUCCAGAAUGCCGUUAUGUUCGACUACACGAUAAUGUGAACUAUGUGGCUGCUGGUAUCAUCUUACGAGGUGAAAGUAGUGAAACAGAAGUGCUACUAAUUCAGGAGAUGGUAUAUGCCGGCUGGUCGGAAGUUCGAGAAGAGUCCGGCUAUGUCUGUGAUGUCAUCGAAUUAUUAUCGUUAGAAGUUCAGGGUAGUGGUUGGUAUCGGUUUGCUUUCUACUGUGAGAUAGUAAGUGGCGACUUAAAAACACAACCCAAUCAAGAAUCGCUUGGUGCCCAAUGGUGGUCCGUUGAUGAAGUGUUCGGAAAAAAGGUCAAGGACUUUCUUCCGUUACUUGAACAAGGAUUAGCUUACAGACGUGCCCAGCAUACAGAUGUACCACGGAUUCUACCACUUAAUAUAAAUAUUCCGGGAUUAUUUAUUGAAUUCAUGAUUGUACGAUAUAGUUUAGAUGAAUCGCGAAUUGAAGUAUUAGUUCAUAAAUCGAUAAAAAAUGAACAGAUGCUAACGGAACACAAUCAGCCUUUUCCGACGGUUGAGUUCGGAUUCGAGUAUUUCUUUGCCAUGGUCGUGUCGAAGGUCUACAGGCAUCUUCUCGAAGAAGGAGGUAAUGUCGUGUUCGCUCCGUCCCAUGUCGUUCGAAUAAAAUGUCAUCCGAAUCCUAUUCAGUCAUUAGCACACGGACUUUCAGUUCGAUUAUACUGUCAACAUAAGAAGUCCGCUACAAAGGCCGUAAUACGAAGUCCACGAUAUCACUGGAUUCCGGUUGAUGACAAAUCGAUACGCCAUCAGCUCUACAUGGAGAAGCAUCAAUAUCGCCCAUUGUUGAAAAUGCUUUAG